GUAAUCCCAGUACACCUACCACUUUUGUAAAUUCAGUUGAAAGUCUUGUUGAUUUGGAUACCAACUUUACUAGCACAGGCGUACUUAUUGAUAAUGACCCUGAUGGCUUCUGUAUGUUAAACAGACUACCACCAGCAUUCAUCGAUUUUCUUCUGAUAAAWGGUCCAGCUCAACCAACUCAUGAAGAUAUUUCUUCAAAAGAAUUUCCAAAGGAUAAAAGUGGUCGUAGUUUUCAAGAAGCUUGGUAUURGAAGAAAUUACCAGAAAACACACUGAUACGAAGAGAUUGGUUAAGCUACUCAAAAAUUAGAAACAAAGCAUUCUGCCUUCAUUGUAUUUUAUUUGGCAGGAAAGGUCAGAAGUGUUGGACAUGGGAAAGUUUUUCGGCAUGGUCUAGAGUAGAGUGCCUUGAUAGAGAGAGUGUGGCCAUACGGAKCGAUAACAAACGAUAAGAGAUUAGGCCGCCAUUAGUUGGCUAAACAAAUAUUUCGGUGUAUAUCAGYUAUUAAUAUUAUAAGAUUUUACGUAUUAUUUUGUAGUUUUCAAUGAAAACUUUUCAUUCAAAUUGUU